AUGACUGCUCAGAAUAUGGCUGAAGAGGUGAAUCGCGACGAGCUCAAAUAUUUGGAUCAGAUUCGUGAAAUUAUCGACAAUGGCAAAUUACGUACUGAUCGGACUGGAACUGGGACCUUGUCCAUUUUUGGCAUGCAGUCACGUUAUAGUCUUCGGAAUGGAGUUGUCCCAUUACUCACAACGAAACGCGUUUAUUGGAAAGGUAUCGUUGAAGAGCUGCUGUGGUUCAUACGUGCUGAUACAAACAGUAAUCAUCUCUCGGAGAAAAACGUAAAGAUAUGGGAUGCCAAUGGAUCGAGGGAAUUUCUCGAUAGCCUUGGCUUUACUGACAGAGAGCAAGGAGAUCUUGGUCCUGUGUACGGAUUUCAGGGGCCGAAUGCUGAUUAUGAAGGAGAAGGAGUCGAUCAGCUUGCUGAGGUCAUCCAUCAGAUUAAGACAAAUCCAGAUAGUCGACGAAUCAUUCUAAGCGCAUGGAAUCCAUCAGAUUUGAAAAUCAUGGCCCUUCCUCCAUGUCACACACUCUGUCAGUUCUAUGUUCAAGAUGGAGAAUUAAGCUGCCAGUUAUAUCAAAGAAGUGGAGACAUGGGACUAGGCGUUCCUUUCAACAUCGCCAGUUACGGUCUGUUCACACACAUGAUUGCUCAUGUCUGUGGCCUCAAGGGCGGUGAUCUCGUCCAUACACUGGGUGAUGCUCAUGUAUAUAAGAAUCAUAUCGAGGCCCUGAAAAUACAGCUCGAACGAACACCUACCGCUUUUCCAACGAUAGAAUUCGGCGAAGGAAUCAAGUACCAUUGA